AUGCCAUCCUUGCCUAGGCCUCCGCUCUUUUUCUUCUUUCUCUCGUUGUUGAUACUCUUUCAACUGUCCUUUGUUGUUUCUCUUCCCCUGGGGGUGAGCUUCCAAACCCAGACGGCCUUGCCGAUCCUUACGUUGCCAUAUGGCUCUUAUAGAGCAUCGAGCUACCGUGCCUCAAGCGACAUAUAUGUCUUCAAAAACAUUCGUUUUGCGGCACCACCUGUUGGAAAUCUUAGAUGGGCGAAACCUGCUCCACCGUCGAAUAAUGCUACUGUUCAGGACGGGAGCUAUGGUCCAAAGUGCGUACAAUCGGCCGUCUCGGGAAUGAGCGUCAUCGGAACUGGGAAUACCUCGCCAAUUGGGGCUGCCAUCAACCAGUUUCUGGGUGGAAUCCCCGUCCCGCUAUUCUCUGGCGGGAGCGAGGACUGCCUCUUUCUUGACGUCUACGUUCCGGGGAAGGCAUUGAAGAACACAUCUCUCAAACUACCAGUCGUGGUCUGGAUCUACGGAGGGGCUUACGUCUUCGGAAGCAAGGACACGAUGCAGCCACAGUUGCCAUUUUAUGAUGGCUCUGGAAUGAUGGGCCAGUCCAACAACAAUAUGAUAUUCGUCGCCAUGAAUUACCGGCUCGGCGCCUUCGGCUUUCUUGCCGGGACGACCAUGGAGCGUGACGGGCUGCCAAACGCAGGGCUUUGGGACCAGCGAGCCGCGUUCCAAUGGGUUCGGGAUCAUAUAAGCCUCGUCGGUGGCGACCCUACGCGGAUUACGGCCAUGGGUGAAUCCGCCGGGGCAGGGUCUAUCGUCCAUCAUCUGGUUGCCCAAGGCGGCGGUCUAGAUCCGCUGUUUUCAAAAGCUAUACUGCAAUCUCCGGCCUUCCAGCCACAAUGGGAUCGUGCCGGGGCAGUGGAAGCGACCUUCAACACCUUCGCCGGUCUUGCUGGAUGCGUAGGCAAAGGACUCACGUGCCUCCGUGCCGCUGACUCUGCCACCUUGGUCAAGGCAAACACGGCUCUCAACGUUAAGCCUUCAUCCGGCUCCUUUUCCAUUGGACCGGCCGCUGACGGGUCGUUUAUUCGCCAGCUUCCCGUCUUGGAACUCAGCUCAGGCCACUUCUGGCCAGUUGAGUCGUUGGUUCUGUCUCACGUCGCGGACGAGGCGAGCCUCUUCGUGAACAAGUCAAUCCAGACUGAUGCAGCAUUCUCUACGUAUAUAGAUUCCUCCUUUCCAAACUACGCACGCACAGCGGGUGUCAAUGCCCAGAUCGAAGCGUUCUACCCUCCCAUGAGCGGCAGCAAUAACAGCAAACAGCCGAAGUACCCCAGCCAGACAGCACGUGCCGCGGCAUUCCUCCGUGACGGGUGCUUCACUUGCAAUGUCAGGUACAUCACCGAGGCCAUUGGCGACUCGAAGGUCUGGAACAUGCAGUACAGUGUCUGGCCCGGGAUCCACGGAACAGACCUGGUGCCGACCUUCUUCAGCACCGCUUUCACGGCCGACACCUUCCUCGCCGACCUCGCCGUGCUGAUGGCGCCCGUGCUAGGCGCGCUCGUCUCUGGUAUCAGCAACGGCAUGCAGUCGUACUUUGCUUCGUACAUCACGACGGGCGACCCUAACACGAACCGGAAAAUCUGGAACGUGCCGCCGACGGUCAAGUGGAACCAUCCCGUUAGCGGCGGCAGCAAGGGCUCGGGCGGAGGUGCAGAACAGAUCGCUGGCGUGGUGGACGUGGGGAACUGGGGGUUUGGGACGGUCAGCGACUCGCAGAACCAGAAGGCACCCUGCAACUUCUGGCGAGACUUGAGCGCUGCCGUGACAGCUCUGGGCGGCUAUGCACCACCCGGCGCAGUCGUCUCGCAAGGGCUUGUCAAGGUCUCUGUCGACCCAAACGCAAACUACCGCGGUGGUAAUAAAUAG